UUAAUAGCAUAGAAGGUUAUUUCAUUGGCGGAAGUCGCACCAGUCAUUCGAAUAAAUCUAGAAAUCAAAAUAGAAGACAGAGAAGAGAGAGCUGAGAGAGAUCGGAUCAAAGAUGUCAUCACACAAUAACAAUUCAACUUCGGCCAACGAUCCCAGACAACCGUCGGCGGCAAAGCCAUACGUGGCGCAGCCUGUUUCGCCGCAAGAUCUCCCUGUCGAUUAUUCCGGUUUUAUCGCCGUGAUUUUCGGGAUUGCAGGCGUCAUGUUCAGGUACAAGCUGAGCUCGUGGCUAGCGAUCAUAUUCUGCGCCCAAUCACUUGCGAACAUGAAGAACGUUGAGAACGAUCUCAAGCAGAUCUCUAUGGCUAUGAUGUUUGCUAUCAUGGGAUUAGUUACAAACUAUUUCGGACCAGCUCGACCAGGAAAACAGAGUUAAAGAUAACUCCAAUGAUGCGGUUAAGUUUCUAAUUUCAUUUUGCACGAUGAUAUCAGAUCAUGAAGUUUAGAUAAAUUGUGACCUUAUUCAAGAACAAUUUUGUCGGAUGAUUAUAUUCUAUAUGACUAAUUGGUUUAUAUUUAUAAAAAUGAAAAUCCCUACUUUUAGAGCCGCUCACAA